UCAGGAGCGCGUAGGUCAGUAGGGUUGGGCGGGGAAGGCUGUUCCACAGUGGAACAUUCUGGACACAGUCAGCAGGUCAGGGAGAAAUGAGAGGUGACCUGCACUGGAGGGUCAAAGUCAGAGCACCAGCCAGCCGGGGGCCAUGCGCUGCAAGGUAAUAUCAGUCGGUAAAUAAAAUUAUAUUUACAUGUGCUCGGGCUGGGCCGCAGUAAUAAAAGCGAUACUACCUGGGCGCUUUCCUCGGAAUGUACACCUUCUCUCCCCUGCGGCGCUGCGCUGGGCAGGGCCGUGGCAGCCUCUCCGAGACCCCACCCCCGGGGCCACCUGUUGACCGCCAGCUGGCUGGGCUCGGGCUCCGCCUGCUGGGCGCGCUGCGCAGCGACAGCGGAAACCCUGGUACUGGGGCUCGGGUCCCAAAGAUGCCAGACCUUCCGCAGCGGCGGGGUCUCCAGGGAGCGCUUCCUGUGGGAAGGUAACCUAAGGAUGGAUUUGGCCCACGCCCUCAGAGCAGGAAGCCGGGUCAGUGUUGCUAAGGGGGCCCGCCUGCCCCUCGGGCGCUGACCUUGUGGCCCUGCGCGCCCUGGCAGGACAGCCGGUUCCCGCCGGCGUCGGUCGGUGUCUUUGGGGUGGCAGGACAGAGGGAGGAGCCUGUCGGGGUCUAGGCCCGGGCGGUGGAGGAUGGAAGGAGUGGGUGGAGCUAAGGCGGAGCUGUUGCUGCGCUGUCCCUCGCGCGCCACCGGCCCCGGCUCACCUCGUCCAGAGACAUGACAGGCAAGCCUGGUGCCGCCGCUGCCACCCGGGAUGGCGAGGUCCCCAAGCUCUCCCUGCCCUGCAGUCCGAGCUACGAUCUCACGCGCAAGGUGAUGCUUCUGGGAGACUCAGGCGUCGGGAAAACCUGUUUCCUGAUCCAAUUCAAAGACGGGGCCUUCCUGUCCGGGACCUUCAUAGCCACCGUCGGCAUAGACUUCAGGAACAAGGUGGUGACCGUGGAUGGCGUGAGGGUGAAGCUGCAGAUCUGGGACACCGCGGGGCAGGAGCGGUUCCGCAGUGUCACCCACGCGUAUUAUCGAGACGCCCAAGCCCUGCUCCUGCUGUAUGACAUCACCAACAAGUCCUCCUUCGACAACAUCCGGGCCUGGCUCACUGAGAUCCACGAGUACGCCCAGAGGGAUGUGGUGAUCAUGCUGCUAGGCAACAAGGCAGACGUGAGCAGUGGAAGGGUGAUACGUUCGGAGGACGGAGAGAUGCUGGCCAGGGAGUACGGAGUUCCCUUCAUGGAGACCAGCGCCAAGACGGGCAUGAAUGUGGAGUUAGCCUUCCUGGCCAUUGCCAAGGAGCUGAAGUACAGAGCCCGGCAGCAGGCCGGCGAACCCAGCUUCCAGAUCCGAGACUACAUCGAGUCCCAGAAGAAGCGGCCCAGCUGUUGCUCCUUCUUGUGACUCCCAAGGGGCUCAAAGAAGGCUCCAGAGGCCCACGAGAAGGCAGCCUCCCCCCCCCCCCCCCGGGCUGGCCGAUUCUGAGAGACUGAGCCAAUGGGGGAAGAGUUGGGGGGGACCCAGGGCACAGCCCCUUCCCAAUGGGGGGCUAUACUCCACCCCUACCCUUGUUCCUGUUAGCUUCCCUGUAUUCCCAGGGAGGGUAAAAAUAUUUAUAUUUCACUUUAGUGAUACACAAUAUAACACACGAAAGAACAGCACCAGAAAACCAAGGUGGGGUCCUGGGGGCCCAUUGCCUUCUAGUAUCUGCGAGGACUCGGGGGCCGGGCCUCCCUCCUACCCCCGUGCUGGGGGCAAUACGGCCCCAGUUCACUACCAGGAAACGUGUACUUCUGGGGUGCGAGGGCAGGUGGUGACUCGGGUCCCACUCUCCCUUCAGCGGGAGAAAGGCUAAGCAGACCCCCCACCCCACCCCCCUCACCCCACCCCCACCCCCACCUUCAUUUCCUCCAGCUCCCCAGGGAACAACCGGUUCCAAUAAAACGGCCCCAGGGCUAGGAUCUAGACCGAAGCUUAUCUCUUAUCAGGGAAGAUAAGAACUGUGGAGGCUGGGCAGGGGCCCAGCUCCCUGGGAGGGGGAGAGAGGAGCAGCAGGGAUUGGGUCCAUUUGACUCCGUCUGGCCUUACUAGCCCCGCCCCAGGGGGUAUACCCCUUCCCCUCCAGCCCACAAGCACAAUGGGGCACCUACAAACAUUUGGUUCCUGUUUUCCAAACCUCCCUGGGUCCCUGGGGUCAUCUUCCUUUCUGUCUAUGCCCCUGGACACCUGGAGUCCCAGUGAGGGGAAGGUGAUUUUCUCCUGCCCCAGCCCUUUGGCAGGUAUGCAGUCCACAGGCUACUUCUUUAAACAGCGGUAGCGCUUCUUUCUCCCGAGUAAAGAGUGAGAUAAAGAGAAACCCCUAACUCCUGGAGCAGGUGGGGAGCAAACCUCACCCCAUGGGUAUCCCCCUAAACCCAAGUGCUGCCCCUCCCCUGACCACCCACACCCUUUCUUCUCAACCAGACCCCGGGGUGCCCAAAGGGCGUCCCCUCCCCUCCUGCUGGGACAGGUUAGGGAAUGAGAGGUGGUCCAUUUCCAGUUAACCGGAAUACAUGUGCAAAACAGGGUCCCGUGGGCUACACUGGGGUAGGGAAGGGGCAGCAAGGAGUUUUAUGCGGGGCCAGGGUCACCUGUCUCCCAAAGCCUUGAUCCCAGCAACCGGAAGGGGCCAUGAGACCUGCAGGUCUCGACCCACAGUCACCUUUAUGCCGGCUCUCCAGGCCAGGGCAGGGAGGCAUGCCCUGAGAGGGAGGUGCACGCUGCACAUGUCUGAGGCUACUGCUUUUGCUUUCAAGGCAGAAAUCUUGCUGUCUGAGCAGUGUCAGCAGCUCCGACUUGGGCCGGGGCCCCGAUAAGGAAGCUCUCCGAGGCCUCUCCCCAGAGGAGCAGGGAGGAGCCUGACCUUGCCCCACGCAGGUCACAGGCGAUCCAGGCACACAGGCUGCUCGGGGCCUCUCCCACUGGUGUUUUCAGAAUUAAAUUGCAGUAUUUUGGAAA